CGAACUUAACGUGCACUUCACACCUGAACAACGACGACAGCGCGCGCACACUCUCCACGGCAUCAUCUGUUGCUGCUAUCGCGCUUUCUCUUACCCGCAAUCGGAUCAGGUGGUGGACGAAAGAGCGAGAGAGGGAAAAACACAGAAAAUGGCCGCCACAAACGGCGCGCAGCCUGCAGAAGCGGCGGCAGCAGCAGCAGUGCCUCCAGCUGACGGUCAAGAAUCAGACUUGCAGAAGAGAAUGCCUGCGGGCACUGUGCUGCCUCCUCGCCCCGUACGAGAAAAGAUCGAGAGAGUCGCUGUCUAUGUCGCUCGCAAUGGCCAGGCCUUCGAAGACAAUGUGCGCACCAAAAACGCCGGCACCAACACCACCCACUUCCUCGAGCCUAGCGACGAGUACAACGGUUACUACAAAUGGCGCGUGGCGGAAUGUAAAGCUGGCCGCAGUCUCGAUUCCAAUGGUCCUGCUGCGAAGACCGAUGUCACCUUUCAAGGCCGCGAGUCGAGAGCUCCCAAGGCGCCGGAAGAGUUCCAAUUCAGCGCUCGCAUGCCCAACAUCAGUGCCCAAGAUCUGGAAAUUGUCAAGUUGACUGCUUUGUAUGCCGCGAAGAAUGGCAAGAGCUGGGUUACAAGCCUUAGUCAAAAAGAGGCGGUCAAUGCUCAAUUCGACUUUUUGCGACCACAACACUCGCUCAACAUGUACUACGGCCGCCUUGUAGAUCAGUACAAGGAUUUGAUUGAAGGUGAGACUGCCGACGAUGGCGCCCCACAAAAGAAGCGUAUAUCAGCUUUGCAGGCCAACAUAGACAACCGGUUCAGUCUACUGGAAAAAGCGAAGCAGCGGGCCGAGUACGUCAAGUACCAGGAACGGCAGAAGGAGGAGAAAGAAGAGAAGCUGGAAAAGGAUCGUAUCGAGUUUGCCCAGAUUGACUGGCACGACUUCAACGUGAUAGCAACAAUCGUGUUCGACGAAGCCGACGAGUCCGCAACCAUGGAAUAUCCCAGGACGCUCAAUGAAAUGCUGUCAUUAAGUUUGGAGGAAAAGGCCAACAUGCGUAUCGAUUCAAACAGAAGAAUCGAAGAGUCGGUGCCCGAAUUCAACGACUACUCCGCCAUCUACGGCCACGAACAGCAGUUCCCGGCUGCACAGAUGAUGCCACCUCCACAAGGACAUGCACCGCAGCAACCAUUCGGUUCCACACCUCCGCAGACGACACCGUAUCAACAGCCUGCCGCACCAUCUCUCUCCGAGGAACGUGAGCACGCCCGUGCCGCAAUCCGAGCUACCCAGGCACAGCCCACACGCGUUCGAACGGAUUACGUCCCACGUGCCCAGCAGCGAAACCAACAGCAGAACACGUCCAUAUGCCCGAACUGCCACCAGACUAUCCCCAAUGACGAGAUUGCCGAGCACAUGCGCAUUGAACAACUCGACCCGCGAUGGCGUGAGCAGUUUGGCAAGAACCAGCAGCGCUCCUCGACUACGAAUUUGUCCACUGUGGAUGUGGCGAACAACCUCAAGAGACUGGCAUCACAACGUACAGACCUGUUUGACCCUGUCACCGGACAGGCUAUCACGGAGGAAGAGAAGGAGCGGAGGAAGCGAGCCGAGCUGCAGAGUUAUGAUGGCAUCAGUCAGGUUCCCAACGCGGCCAUAGGCCAAGCGCCUCCUGGUAUCUAUCCGCCAGGUACUCAAGGCACGAACGUGAACGAGGACAUUAGGCGCAUACAUGAGAGGUAUAACCACAAGUGACGAAAUGGCGAGAGAACAGUCAAUGCCCAGGAAUGAAGCAGUGCUGCUGCUAUACAGGGCCAUGGCACCACUGAGGACAUUGGCAGACAGCCACACCAGCACAUGGUCAGUUCUACUAGAAGAGAGAAGAGAGAAGAGACGCACUGCGGGGAGCAAAUCGCUCUUGACAUAGUGCUCACCCUCUCUCAUCAUGAAAGGCACAGCAGUGCAGCUUGGAGAAGCACGACUUGUGCAGAAACAGCGAGCAAACGCUGAACCCAUAUCGGCGACGUCGAUCAAAUCGAGCUUGCUUGCGUGAGGUAUCAAUGUCGCAAGCCACGAGGCUCUCGGCAAUCGCCUACGCUCAGGUGAUUGAUAGCAUCAGGUACGGUACGGUACAUAGCUCCAGAUUGAAGUACAAAUACAUAGAAAAACAAAAAAAA